AUGAAGGUGAGUUUUUGCUCGGAGGUACUUAUUGCUCUGAUUCGGCAGAAGAAAACCCCCAGUCGUGGGUCGCUUUCUGUAAAGCGUUCUCCUGUUGUAAGGAGAUCCGCAUCUUUGUCUGCCACUGCUCCCCCCGUCGAUGAGACGGCUCAGGAUGUGAAAGCGCUUCUUGAAGGCGCUGAAAACUGGGACUGGGCAGAUAUGGAAGAUGACUUUCUGACUCCAAAGAAGCCUCGAGUGAAGUCCAAGACGGCAGCAAUGCCUGUGAAGCGACAUGCCAAAGAGACGUGCACACGAUGUGUAGUUGAUGACGUUCGAGAGGACAGUUCGGCCAGAUUAUUUCAGGUUCUUUCUGUGCGUGUCCAACCAAGUGGAGAUCGCCGAACAGUGAUCCUUUGCGACGACUGGGCAGAUGCAGAUAUUCGCAAAGGGAAUACCAUCAAUGUCCUUGGCGAUUUUGAUUCCUUUGGAACGAUUAAGAUAGCGUCCAAAUCCAAUUUUCUGAUUAAUCAUCCAGACCUCUUGAUCACAGCUACUGCACUAUCUAACGCACCACAGUGCAGGCGCAAACCACUUCUCUCUGGGCUCGUCCGUUCGAGCUUGGAUAUCACCCCAUCGCUCGUAUGGGGUAACAUGGUUCACGAGGUUAUGCAAAUAUGUAUGGCCGAACAACGAUGGGACGACCGCUUCAUUGAAGAACACACUGAGGAUAUCAUCAAGAAGAACCUUGCAGAACUCGUCAAGAUCAAUGUCAGCGUUGACGAAGCAAAACGUGAAGUCAAGGCCCGUUCAAAAGGACUUCGAGUGUUCUCUGAACGCUACAUCGCUGAGACUCCGAAGCCUGAAGCAGUUCUCACCAACACCCGUGCGGCUGCAAAUCAAAGUUCUCUUCUUGCCAUAUCACAACUUCAUGAUGUGGAAGAAGACAUUUGGUCUCCGACUUAUGGACUGAAAGGCAAGCUCGAUGCCACCGUCGAGGCGGUCAUUGCUGAGGGCACGCUCGAUAAGUAUGCCAAGAAGGAACCCUUACUGAGCACACAUAUAAUGCCAUUUGAGAUCAAGACUGGUAGAACAGUAGCAGGGAUGGAACAUCGCGCUCAAACCAUGCUUUACACCCUCCUUAUAGCAGAACGGUACGGUGUCGAGGUUCCGAGCGGGCUCCUGUACUACACCCAGAGCGAGGAGGUCGUCCGUGUCCCGCAAAGCCGCCACGAGCUUCGAGCACUCAUAGGUGCAAGGAAUGAAAUGGCAGCAUACAUGAUGCGCAGGAAUACACACGGCAAGGAAAAGGCGAUCGAAGAGCCUUUUCUGCCUCCUACGAUCGACGACGAAAGACUAUGUGGGAAGUGUUAUGCGUUAGAUACCUGUAUGCUAUUUCGCAAGGCUGUUGAGAACGUUGUUGAUGUAUCCUCACCGAUUGCAGACUUGUACGACCUCAAAACCUCACAUCUGAAACCUUCCCAUCUUACUUUUUUUAAACAAUGGGAGGAGCUCAUUUCGCUGGAGGAGCAAGACGGCACUCGGUUUAGAAAAGAACUAUGGUGUAUGACCGCUCAAGAACGCGAGGAGAAAGGCAGAUGUUUCAACUCGAUGGUUAUAGACACGUCAUUCCAGCCGGCCAAAGUUCCAAACAGUGGCAAGAUUCACCAGUAUACCUAUUGCUUCGUUCGGGCUUCUGCUGUUCAGGACGUUUCGUUCUUGAACGGGCACAUGAGCCGUGGAGAUGCUAUCACAAUCUCCGUUGAGCCUGAUCUUCUUGCUCUUGCACGAGGGUUCAUUGUGGAGCUAACACCAGAGGCCGUGGUCGUAGGCGUAGAUCACGAGUUAAGUGUGGACAAGAUAGAAGCCAGACUUGAGACACUUCGAGGAGCGAGACCAGCUGUCCGCUUCCGAAUUGACAAGGACGAGCUAUCGGGCAGCAUGGCGCGGAUAAGAGACAAUCUAGCCCAACUAUUCUAUACAGAGGGGGAUGCCAGACGUCUAGAGCUUGUCGUGGACCUGCGACGCCCUUUAUUCGAUAACGAAGAGACCAUCGCGGAUAACCUGCAACAUGUUCCGGAGUAUGUCCUCGCCAGCUCGGGUAUGAACCCUAGUCAACUUGCUGCGAUGAAGCGGGCCUUGAGUGCACGCGAUUACGCACUCAUCCUCGGCAUGCCUGGCACGGGAAAGACGACCGUAAUUGCUGCGCUUAUCCGGACUAUCGUGGCCAUGGGGAAGACAGUCCUUUUGACAUCGUACACUCACUCGGCUGUGGACACGAUACUGCUCAAGCUGCAGGAUGUAGACUUCAGUAUUUUAAGACUUGGUAAUGCUGAUAAGGUGCAUCCUGGCGUUCGCAAAUUUACACUAUCUGAGCGUAGGUUGCCUGCAACGGUCGAGGAAUUGGAGAACCAGGUCAUUACCCCACCUGUUGUUGCUACUACAUGUUUGACAAUUGAUCAGUAUGUCCGUAAUCCCGCUGCUCGGAAAGGUGGCCUGGAAACAUCGCUCUUCCGACGCCUCUCUGAAGCGCAUCCACACGCGGUUAUCGAUCUCACAUAUCAAUAUCGCAUGAACGAGGACAUCAUGCAGUUGUCAAAUAAGCUCAUAUAUGGAGAUCGUCUGCGAUGUGGAUCAGAGGAAGUGGCGAAGCGCACUCUGGUUCUUCCUAAUGGGUGUAUGACCGGCAAACUGGAUCCGGGAAUGUGCUUGUGCAAGGAAUCUUGCUGGUUGCGGUAUCUCUUAUCAGAAAGUUGCAAAGUUGUAUUCCUUGACACAGAUCAAUCACCUGCCCGGGAUUCAAGAGUCGGGGACCUCGUCCAAAAUGAUGUCGAGGCCAAGCUUGUGUAUCAGAUUACCGAAGCAUUCUUAAGAUCAGGAGUCCAGGAGGACCAGAUUGGAAUCAUGUCUCUUUAUCGCCAGCAGAUCAAACUUCUAUCACACCUUCUUCAAGAUAGGAAGAAUAUAGAGAUCCUCACAGCUGACAGAAGUCAAGGACGUGAUAAGGACUGUGUCAUCAUCUCCAUGGUCAGAUCCAACGACCAUGGGCAGGUUGGAGAGUUGCUCAAGGACUGGCGGCGAAUCAACGUAUCGUUCACACGUGCGCGGUCGAAGUUGAUCAUCAUCGGCUCCCGAAAGACCUUGAGCUCAACUGAACUUUUGUCUGUGUUCUUAGCGUUCAUGGACGAGCGGGGCUGGAUAUUGACACUACCUGUCAAUGCGGAUGUCAAGCACCCGGCGUUCCAAAGCGAACGGUGUAGUAUCCGCAGUCCUGCGAAGCGAAGUAAGGAGACUGAAACAGUGGCUAGUCUCAACGAACCGUCAUUGAAGAAACCGAGAACUCCGAGAGUAGAAGAGGGGAUCCUCAAGGGCCGGCCCAUCUUGCAGGACGUCGUCAACGAUGGGAGGUGA